AGAGAGAGAGAGAGAGAGAGAGAGAGAGAGAGAGAGAGAGAGAGAGACUUUUUACACAAGUCUCUUCUUCAUCACCGCACCUCAGCUGACAAGAGAAGCCCCAAACUUCGCCGUUGACGCGCAAACAGAGGGAGAAACUCACUGAGAGGCGUCAGGAGUUCCCGGAACCCACCAGGCCAUGGACCGGAGGAUGAACCUGAACGGCGGCGCGGCAGGGGACAUUUUUCACAAAACUCUCAGCGCCGUGUCCGGCAAAAAGAUGGACCCGUUCAGAGCGUCUGCCGGCAUGGAUCUGCCGCCCAGAGACCGCCAGUCUCCAAUUAGUUGCUUUGACCAAGUCGAUCCUGACCCGAUCCAGCCCGGUGGAUUGGCUGGAAGCAGAGGGGGCACUCUGGGUCUGCCGACCGGAUCUUUGUGCGUCAAGUACGGGGAGAGCGCCAACAGGACCUCGGCGGCGGAAAGCAGCGGCGGAGAGCAGAGCCCUGAUGACGACAGCGACGGGCGGUGCGACAUGGUCCUCCUGACCGACGUGCGGACAGCAGCCGGGGGCAAAGCUGAAGGAGGAGGUAAGAAAACCAAAGAGCAGAAAAUGCUGCGGCUCAACAUCAACGCCAGGGAGAGACGGAGGAUGCACGACCUGAACGACGCGCUGGAUGAGCUCCGGGCGGUCAUCCCCUACGCGCACAGCCCGUCGGUGCGCAAACUCUCCAAAAUCGCCACCCUGCUGCUCGCCAAGAACUACAUCCUCAUGCAGGCGCAGGCGCUGGAGGAGAUGAGGAGGCUGGUCGCGUACCUUAACCAGGGCCAGGCCAUCUCCGCGGCUUCCAUACCGGCCACCACCGCGCUGGCAGCUCCUCCACCCGGCCUGGGCGCGUACGAGCAACCGCCCGGAUACCCGUUCCCCGCCGGGGUGGCUGCGCCCUCCUGCCCGGACAAAUGCGCCCUAUUCAACAACGCCGCGUCCAGCCUCUGCAAACAGUGCACUGACAAGCCUUAAAACUGACCACAGAGACUACAAAGAAGCACACAAGAAGGAGAAAAACCUGACAGAAGAUCGAGUAGAGACAAAAAUUAACAUUUUUAUAAUAUUUACUAAACGCAUUAAACCUCGCUUCUGGUUUUCUUUUUUUUUUUUUUCUGUUCGAACAACACUUGAUUGUGUACAUAAAUCAUCUUUAAAGUGCUGGUGUGAAUGAAGGCCGAACAGAAGCUGAAUUAAAGGCCUGUUGCUCCGUGAUGGACCCUCUGUGGAGAUUUCUGGGUGACCUGACAACCUGCGCGACUUUUUUUUUAUUUAUUUUUUUUAUCCGGAGCGCAACAGCACCGACCUCACUCUGUUGCUUUCUCAUGCGUUUACUUUGACUACUAAAUCAAAGGCCCAGUUUUCAAAAGAACCUUCCAAGUGAAUGUUUCGGACGAAGAGAGUCAAAUAAAAAAAAAGAAGAAAGAAAGAAAACAAGUGAACCUCUCGGUUAGGUACUUAUUUAGUUGCGAAAGCUUUACUUUCAACUCAGCGAAUAAAUAAAUUUAAAAAAAUCUGAAAAAGUAGAAAAGCAUACAUUUAGGUCUACAAGGUGGUUUUAUGUGUCUUUUGUAAUUUAUUAAUUUGGGAUAUUUAUGGUAUUUAUGCUUGCAUUGCACAUUGUCGUCUAAGUUGAUGUGUUUUCUGCAUUUUUUUCAUGAUUUUUCGUUCCGAUGAAUCGCGCUGUCAGGUCAAGGCUUUGGUUUAUUGCUGUAGAUACUUUGGUUUGUUAUAAGAUCAAAGGGGGCCGUUUGUAUGUAUUUGAGUGUGGAAAAGCUUUAUUAAAAUAUUUUGAACAACA